GCUGGGCGGGCGCGCGGGCGCGCGGGCGCGGACGGCGGACAUCGCGAACGCGAGCAUCGGAGCGCGCGCGGGCAUGGGGACGUGGAAACGUGGCGCGGUGAUGCGUCGGAGGGCGAUGUGAGCGCGGGCGAUCCCUUGCUGGGGGGAUACAGCAAGCAAGACGUCGCGGACGCGAUCAAGCACGUCGUCAUGGAGGAGACGAAGACGCGACGCAGGGCUGACGCCGUGGGAUCGUUGGGCUUAGAAGAGGGAUCACAGGAGUCUUGGAAUACGCCGACGCUGUUGAUGGCUCGACCUGGUUCGUCGAAGGAGCGCGAUGCGCUCAAGGUGACACUGAGCAAACUGUUGACGACGUACGACGUCAACCUGGUGGCGAAAAACGUCAAGGUCACCGCGGCGGUCGAUCCGAACACCUGGCCCGAAGGACUCGAUCGCUCCGUGUACGCGCUGAAGACGGUGUUUGAGAAGCGAGGUGGCGAUUACUUGCACCCCGAUUUCUCUCUGUUGCACGGGUUGGAUUGGAUCGACGCGCCAAUGUCCCGGGACUUGGAUGGAAAGAUUGCCGGCGCGUGGGCCGCUCUGUCUCACCACGUCGGUGAGCUUUUCGGUCACAUGUAUCAGUGGCAGCUCGCCAAGGAUGCGUGUAACAACGCAACGCUCAUCGUCGACAGUGAUGGUCUUUCUCCGGCGAGACUGUCGGUUCCCGUGUCAUCCUUUGGCGCCAUCGUCGAUCACGCGCCGAAGGAUUUUGAUGUCAUCCUGCUCAACACCUACCCGAGCGCCGCCGCGAGCUCAAAGGUAGUGGCCGAGUUCCCCGAUCAUAGAGGGCACGAUAUGAAGAUCACGACCUGGAAUAAGCCGGGGAUGACCGGUCUGUCCACCUACAUAAUCUCCAACAAGUUUCCGGACAAGGUGUUUGAGUACGCGGCGAGCAAGGGCGCGGGAUACUUGGACUCUUGGAUCGUCGACGAUCUCUGCACUCAUCCGGUGUGCGAUGAUGACGGAGAGAUCGUGGGUAAGGGGUCGCUCACGGCGACGACACCGUUACUGAAAUGCUAUCACGCGCGCGGUGUCAUCGAGACCUUUGAUGGCGCCGCAAAGGAGAACCAAAACGAAGACAAAGAAGAAGUCGUCAUCAGCUCGAAGGCAGAGCGCGAUGAGUCGAUCGUGAGAAACGAAACGAGCUCCAAGUCAUCCAAAGAGAAAGUUUCGAAGGAAACGGAAAAACGAAGCCAUGGAGUCGAAGCCGAUGAUGAGGGCUCUAAGGAUUCGCACGAGCACAAGAAGACCUCAAAGCACAAGGAUGACGCUCCAGAGGCCAAGUUAACGAGCGCCGCGCCUUGGGCGUCGCCAGUCUCUUCAUCUUCGGUAUCGGGUCUCGCAUCAGCUGAAGCACCAACUAAGUUAGAUGAAAACGCGCUGAAAGACGUUCAAGAUUUUUUCCAAAAGGGUGGAAACGCCGAGGCGAGUCUUGGCGCCAAGCCGGGCGCUGAACGAGGUACGAGCGUUGCCCAUGACUUAAUCUCACAUUCCAUCGAGGAAUUGAACGGAGCGCGUGCCUCGCUUGUCCAACGACGCCAUGCCAUCGCGCAAACGAACAAGCAGAACCGCGAGCACGUCGAGGCGAUGUUGCGUCGAUGGAACGAAAUCAAAGCCAGCGGUAGAGAGGCGACGGCGAGAGAUCUCCAGAGUGCGGUGACUUCAACGAAGAUGGAACAAAGGUCGGCCACCGCCCCUCAGGGCGUGAGACGCUUAGCUCCCGCGGUCGAGGCGAUUGUUCACGAGAAGCCAACGCGAGUCGGCGACGAAAAGUCAACGGCCGCAUCUGGAGUAGUCUCUAUGAGUGCCGACGCUGAGGUUGAUUCGUUCCUCACAGACUUGUUGAAAUAA